AUGCGUAAUUCAUUUUUCAAAGCUUUCGUGAUCAUCGCUGCCGCUUAUGGCACUGAGCUAGCUGAAGCGGCACCUCAGCGAAGUCGAGCUCCACGACCUGUACCUACCAGAGCUGCUCAACCGAACCGUCCGGGAAAUCGACCUGGCACCGGUACCGGUACAGGAACAGAGCCUGGUACUGGUACCGGUACUGGUAGGGGAGGUAGACGUCCGCCUCCCGCUCCUCCCUCUCGACCCACUCGUCCCGCUCCUACUCGUGGCCCGGUUCGAGACCCUCCAGUGCCGCCUGGUCAAACUCAACCACCUGCUCCCACACCUACACCCCCAGCUACCACUCCAGCUACACCGGUCGUAACACCGCCUCAGACAACCCCAACAACUCCAGUGACAACGCCUCCGGUAGCUACACCGCCUCCUGUAGCUACACCUCCAGCUACCACACCUCCAGCUACCACACCUCCAGCUACCACACCUCCAGCUACCACACCUCCAGCUACCACACCUCCAGCUACCACACCUCCAGCUACCACACCUCCAGCUACCACACCUCCAGCUACCACACCUCCAGCUACCACACCUCCAGCUACCACACCUACCACACCCGUCAUCACGCCACCCACGACUACACCGACCACGCCUGUGGCCACACCUCCUCCAACCACACCUGUAGUGACACCUCCUGCCACUACGCCGCCCACGCCCGUAGUCACACCCCCAGCGACAACGCCGACAACACCUAUUGUCACACCACCAGCAACCACACCAACCACACCAGUCGUCACGCCUCCAGCGACAACACCCACAACACCGGUAGCGACACCACCAGCGACUACACCAAUUACGCCAGUGGUGACACCACCAGCAACCACACCAACUACACCUGUUGUAACACCUCCUGCCACUACACCAACGACGCCUGUAGCCACGCCCCCAGCGACAACACCUACAACUCCAGUUGUCACACCGCCUGCAACCACUCCCACUACACCGGUAGUAACGCCUCCCGCGACCACGCCUACGACACCAGUCGUUACACCUCCAGCGACUACUCCGACCACGCCUGUUGUCACCCCUCCAGCGACCACACCUACCACACCUGUGGUGACCCCACCAGCAACGACACCGACUACCCCUAUCGUCACGCCCCCAGCGACCAUUCCAACGACACCUGUGGUCACACCGCCUGCCACCACACCUACCACACCCGUAGUUACGCCGCCAGCGACUACGCCUUCCACACCUGUUGUCACACCACCUGCAACUACCCCCACUACACCGGUAGUGACACCUCCAGCCACAACGCCAACUACUCCAGUCGUAACACCGCCAGCGACCACACCAACGACACCCGUAGUCACGCCCCCAGCGACGACGCCUACUACACCAGUAGUGACGCCACCUGCAACUACGCCGACCACACCGAUAGUGACACCGCCAGCGACUACACCAACCACUCCAGUUGUGACGCCUCCGGCAACAAGGCCAGCAACGCCUGUCGUUACCCCUCCUGUGACUGCGCCGACGACGCCUAUAGUGACACCACCAGCAACGACACCCGUUACGCCAGUGGUGACACCUCCUGCAACCACACCCACAACGCCUGUAGCUACACCUCCGGUGACCACACCAACGACUCCCAUAGUGACACCUCCCGCAACUACUCCUACGACGCCUGUACAAACGCCGCCGGCUACCGCGCCUACCACUCCAGUUUCUACACCUCCAGUAACUACGCCAGUGACUCCGGUGCCUACAGCGCCUGUCACUCCAGUACCGACUGCACCAGUGACUCCAGUACCCACUGCACCAGUGACUCCAGUUCCUACAGCACCAGUGACUCCAGUACCCACUGCACCAGUCACUCCAGUACCCACAGCACCAGUGACUGCAGUUCCUACAGCACCAGUCACUCCUGUACCAACAGCACCAGUGACCCCAGUUCCUACUGCACCAGUGACCCCAGUGCCAACAGCACCAGUGACACCUGUACCCACAGCACCUGUCACUCCAGUACCCACAGCACCAGUGACCCCAGUGCCAACAGCACCAGCGACACCUGUACCCACUGCACCUGUCACUCCAGUACCCACUGCACCAGUGACUCCAGUACCCACUGCACCAGUGACUCCAGUUCCUACAGCACCUGCUCCAGUACCCACUGCACCAGUGACUCCAGUUCCUACAGCACCUGUCACUCCAGUACCAACAGCACCAGUGACUCCAGUGCCAACAGCACCUGUGACACCUGUACCCACAGCACCUGUCACUCCAGUACCAACAGCACCAGUCACUCCUGUACCCACUGCACCGGUGACCCCAGUACCCACUGCACCUGUCACUCCAGUACCCACUGCACCGGUGACACCAGUACCCACUGCACCAGUGACACCAGUACCAACAGCACCAGUGACUCCAGUACCCACUGCACCUGUCACUCCAGUUCCUACUGCACCAGUGACCCCAGUGCCAACAGCACCAGUGACCCCAGUACCCACUGCACCUGUGACCCCAGUUCCUACUGCACCUAUCACUCCAGUACCCACUGCACCUGUCACUCCAGUACCCACAGCACCAGUGACUCCAGUUCCUACAGCACCAGUGACACCUGUACCAACAGCACCAGUGACCCCAGUUCCUACUGCACCAGUGACCCCAGUGCCAACAGCACCAGUGACACCUGUACCCACAGCACCUGUCACUCCAGUACCUACUGCCCCAGUCACUCCAGUACCCACUGCCCCAGUCACUCCAGCUCCUACAGCACCAAUCACUCCGGCACCGGGACCGCAGAAACGUUCAUUAGAUCCGGCUCGUUACAUGCACGGUACCUACGAGUAUCACUGGGGUUCAUACUUCCCUACAUUCAAUGCCGUUUCGCAGCUGCGAAAGGCCCUGACUUCGACGUUUGGCGGUGGCGAAUUUAGUUCAGCAAAGGAUAGAUCUGAUACCUCUGGACGCGCACCCGCGGAACAAAAUACUAGAGGUCAUGCUCGUCACUUCCCUGCGAAGCCGGAGUUCUCGCGGCUGUCAUCAUCGAGUGUGUCUUCGGCCAAGUUACCGAAGUGGAAGCACAAUGCUCCCUCCUCCAUCAAGAUGCCUCCGAACUCAUUCGAGAGAGAGCAUGCUAAAACAUCGUCUUCCCCAUCUACCUCCAGUUCACAAUCCAGCAAAAUCGUUUACAACAACCCAGAAUAUUACACCCCAUAUGUUCAGGAAUCACCUCCUCGCGCCCAUAGUUCAGCGGAUUUGAGGAAAACACGGGUUGAGAUACCUGCUCGUUCUCCAGGUUCUCCUAGUAUCUUCCCCCUCCCGUACAUCGGCGCGCAUUACUGAGGUGGAGAAAGGUUGUGGGGGUUACUUAGUCAUUUGAUACUUUAAUCGUUCCCUAUGUUAUGUAUUCUCUGGAUCGCUUUCUUGUACUACUAUAAUUUUCCAAUACCAUCUCAUCAUUGUAG